GUCGGGUGUACUCUGCGUCGGGUGUACUCUGAGCUGCAGGCACGCUUGGCAGACUUCAGUCAAGGCGUGGGGGCCAGUCUGCUGGAUGUGCUGGAUGUGCUGGUUUUGAGAGAAGAAUGGAAAAGGGAAACCAAAGUGUUGAACAUACUGCUCUUCAUCAAGGCAUGACCAAGAGAACUUUGCACAUUGUGUGUGAUUCACAUACUAGACUUUUUCAUUAGUGUAAUAACAACCAAUGUAUGACAUUAUACUGACAUUCACAUAACAUUAGGCUAUAACGUAAUACAAAUAUAGCCUAGGUAUGAAUGGCUCUUGGCUGUAGCAGCGACUUGACCUCCACUUCAACAGACCUGACCUCAGACAUAAGCAUAAACACAAACAAACCUUCACCUUUCUCUGCCUUCCGUUACCCCUCGGUUCCCCAGGUGUCGGUGUGGAGGGCCCUGUUCGGCAAGGACAAGCUGGAGCAGGCCAACGACUACGACAAGACCUACUAUAUCAUUGAGAAAGAGCCCCUGAUCAACACCUUCACCUCGGUGCCCAAAGAAAACAGCACGCUCAACUGGGCCGCUUUCACCGGGGGCGCGGUGGAGGCCAUUCUCACACACAGCGGCUUCUCCGCCAAGGUCACGGUGCACCGGCACAAGUGCACCACUCUCAUGAUCAAGUUUGAUGAGGCCGUCAUCGCCCGAGUCAAGGCACUGGAGGGAAGGAAGCUAGUUGAAAGUACAGUAUUCAUUCAUUCAUUCAUUCGUUCAUUCAAAGGACCUACUCUAGAGGCAGAUGAAAGGGAGGAGUAACAGUAUGGACAGAGAGGAGUGUGGAUUGAGCAGCUCAGUGAUGUGCCAGUAGUUCACUGGUGAAAAAACAGAAAUGGUCACAAAUGAAUGCACUUCAUCCUGGACUGGUUGUUCAGCAAGAUGUCAAAUGGAAUCCCCUGAUUGAACAGAAUAAUAUAGCACUGUACAAUGAUAUGCACUUCAGUCUUUAUUGUAAUAUCUAAUGGGUGGGA